AAGAAUAAUGGAUGCGAUGUCAUCGGUAACAACAGACAUGCUGAUCUAACAAGAAAACAGUGUUUGAAAUAAGGAUCAAAAUGAAAAAGAUGCGUCUAAGUGAGCGAUGUCUGGUGCAGUAUCUUCUUCUGAUGAUUAUUAUCUACAGUGAAACUUUAGCCCGGUGCCUCUUUCAGUUUGAUAGCAAAAUAAGCAAGGUAGGGAAUUUUUCCUCCCCUGAUUAUCCAGAUAAUUAUAGUGAGAAUGUGGAAUGCUUUUAUAACUUCAUAGGGCAUGAAUUCGAAACUCUGAAGCUUGUAUUUUUUAUAUUUGAUCUGGAGCCGCCGUACACAAAAGGAUGUCUCACCGAUUACGUGGAUAUUUCAACUAUUACUGCAUCCAAUAUGAAAGAAUUGGUUGGACGCUACUGUGGCUCCAAGGUUGAUACUCCUUUGCAAUCCAUGCAUCCGAAAGCAGAGAUAAUCUUCCGAUCCAACCACAUUAUACAGCAUAAAGGAUUCUUUGGAAUGUAUGAAUUCAAAGACGAAAAGUCUAUCCCUCCGCCUGUCAGCACGGCUUUCGUGGAAGGGUGCGGAGGUACAGAGACGGGAGUGGGAGGACUUAUCUACUCUCCCGGUUAUCCUCAUGCUUUUCCGAAAGAUGUCGAAUGUGUCUGGUUGAUUCGAGUGGAAAGUAAUAAGCAUAUAUACAUUCGGAUCCUCGAGCUUCAACUCUAUGGGAGUAUAGCCAACUGUGCUGAUGUCGAACUUUCGAUCUACGAUGGUUAUUCCAGCUUCACUUUUAAUCCGGAAAUUAUGAAGAAAUACUGUGGCGAUUUGAAGUACUACAAGAACGUAGAAGAAAGAACCCAAAUGUCGAAGCGGAACCGCUUGCUUAUAAGAUUUAAAACCAAAGUGACAUCAGAGCAAAAAGGAUCUACGGACAAAAUCAUGGGCUUUAAAUUAGUUUGGACAGCCGUGGGCUUCGAAUUUCAUGGGAAGUGUGACCAACAUGUUUGCCGAAACAGCCAUUACUGCUUAAACUCCGCUUCCACUGUCUGUAACGUUAUGCCUCAAUACUGUAUUGACAAAUCGCUAGUUUGCGAUGGUUUGCCAAACUGUAGUGAAGAUGAUUAUACAGAUGAAGAAAAAUGUCAUUUGCCGCUUGUUGCCGGCUGCAGUGGAGCUCUAAUAUUAUUGAUUAUAAUAGCAUGUGCAGCUUAUUACAUAUACAGAGAAAAACGUCUGAAAGCUCAGAGAGAAGCUCUUGCUCUUCAAUUGCGCCAACUGGAACACAGUCCAAGUUCCAUUGCCCGUGCGCCACCAUAUUUCCCUCGGUCCAGAGACUGCAGUAUUCAUGGUCAUCUGAAUGCUACGUCAGAGGAGUCUUUUGAAGUCCAGUAUAAGAGAUAUCCUCCUACAGAGGUUUAAUACCCUGGACAGCCAAACAUGAGGGACCAAAGAUGAGCUCUAUGUAUAUCUAAGGAUAUCAAAAGUAAAUUUGCUAAAAUUUACCUAUAUGGUCAGUGACCAUUUCGUGGUUCUAUCUGUUCCAAGUGUUUUAUACUUGAAUAUCGAAGAACCACGCAUUUGGUGCGAAGUUUGAUAUUUUGAGAUUUACUCUUUCUUGGAAAAAUUAUUUUUUAUUACAAAGAUCAAAAUGCACUGCCAGUGUUUUCGAUCCCUCUUAGAAGACCACUCAUGUACUGGCUAA